GGCUGGAGAAGCGUGACAUCAUGCCCAGCUCCGGCCCCCUCUGCAAAUAAAAAAAAAAAAAAAGCACGGGCGAAACAUCUUCGCUUCACUACAGCGAGACAGCAGCCGACGACUCAGCCGCCUAGACCGUGAAACCCGUCCGUCCGUGCACCGAACCUCACCGUGCGUGUGGCCGUGGCGCGUGCGGCGGAGCCUGGGAGGGGCAUCCGUCCGUCCGUUCGGGGGGGAAUGGCGGAUGGGAAGGAUGGCGUGUCUGUGGAGCGGGACACCGGCGACGGGGGUUUAGCGGAAUAACGUCCCUCCCUGCGCGUUGUUUUUACUGGUCUCUGCAUAGCUUGGUACUCGGUUGUCGCCAUGGAUCCAGAGAAAACGCUGACGUUCUGCCACGGGCUGCAGGCUGAGGAGGAGACAACAGGUGCAUGUUUUUGCACCGCUGCAGCAAAUGUUUGGUUGCUGCUUGACCAUGGACAGGCUGUCUGAUGCUGGAGAUGACUAUGUUCCUGCAGGGGUUGGAUGCAACCGAAAAUGCUACGGUGCCUGUGAAGGAGAUUGACAUGAGCACAAUUAAUGAGGUGGUGAAGCCUCAAGGGAAUUCUGGUAGCCAACCUGUAGUCAGUCCCAAGUACUGUCCUGGAGUCAACAACAGUCCAGGUUACCUGUGUGAAACAGGACACUGCUGUGGAGAGACGGGCUGCUGUACCUACUAUUAUGAACUCUGGUGGUUCUGGCUGUUGUGGACGGUGCUGAUCCUGUUCAGCUGUUUCUGUGCUUACCGCCACCGCCGGGCCAAGCUGAGAAUCCAGCAGCAGCAGAGACAGAGAGAAAUCAAUCUGAUCGCCUAUAACGGAGCCUGCAACUACCCUUCCUCAAUGCUGGACCUCAGUUUUCUGGCUUCGUUCAAGCUGCCCUCCUAUGAAGAGGUGGCUGCACAGCCCAGCACCCCUCCGCCGCCUUACAGCUCCAUCUUUGCACUGCAGGGAGCUACCACAGGGGGUCCCAGCUCCUCUUACCCACAUCACCACCACCACCGUCACCCCUGUCCUCCCUACCUGGGCCCCGGCCCGAGCGGCCUGACCUCCUCCCAGAGCUCUGACAACUACACCAGCUGCUCCUGCGAGUCCUGCUCCCUCACCUCCCCUUCCAGCACCUCCUUCUCUGUGCAGGUGACAGACGAGACGUACGACAGCAGCCGCAUGUCCACGCCCAGCGAAGCGGGAGGCGACUUUGUCGUCAUGCCGAGAGUUGGGCCCAGCUUCACGCCAACGCCCUCCCCGCCUCCUCUAUCACAAGUUCCACCUGACAUCAUACCCGCGGCCGCUCCAGAUGUCAUUCCUGUGCAGAGAUGCUCCUCUAAUGGCGGUGAAAGAGUCUCGCCUCCUGCUCCACCGCUCUCUCUCCCUUUACACUCUCGUCCUUCACACUCUUCACGCCUUCCUCUUUCUCCCCUUGUCCUGUUAUCUUUCAUUCCCACUGGUCAAAUGCAUCCUCCUGUUUCCUCAGACCCACUCGGAGCCAUGGUCGCCCAGAAAGCUCAAGAAGAGAUCUCACCUCACGAGCCAGCUGCCAGGCCCACGCCUUCUCCACCCAAACAGGCUCUGUUCUCACCAAAUGUUGCUGUUUUUGUGCAUUGCAACAACAAAGAGGAGCAAAAGAAAGAAGAGGAGGAAGAAGACGAGGAGGAAGAGGAUCAUUUCCGGCACAGACGCCUAACAGGCGACUCGGGCAUCGAGGUGUGUCGCUGCCAUGUGAAGAGAGAAGGACGAGAGGAAGAGGAACUGCAGAAAGGCCACUUUAAUAAAGGAGGGAAAGAGAUUUUAAAGGAUGGGGAGAAGGCAGACAUGUUGCAUGACAGCGUGGACUGUUCCCACCGAACCAAGGCCGCCAUGCAGUCGCCCGGUGCCGAAAACUGCGUGGAGCAGCGGCGAAACGUCCCUUCAUCCUCCAGCAUCAUCCACAAGACCGGCGAGGCCAUCAUCACUGUGAAGUCCUCGUAAGGUGAUGGGAAGAGAGGUGUUGUGGAACAAGAGGGAGAAGAGAAAUAUUUAUGCUUAACGGCCAACUGGUAGGUCAAGACUAGUAGGUGAAAAGUAGAAUCACUGAAGAAAAGUCUUGCAGAGGGACAGGAUGAGUAAAGGAGCGUUUUGGUUUCUCUGUAUUUUAUUUCAAAUGAGAAACUCGAAUGGAAGCCGACUCCUUAAAAGUUUUCUUUUGUUAUUCAUAGUUCUUUAGUACGUGGUUUGGGAGAUGGCAUAUUUUUUUCUACAAAAUAUUAUUGACUUAAUUGCUUUUUCUUGCUGAGGUCUCUAUAACAAAAAUAGAAAUGCCUGACAUACACUGCACACCAACCAAACCCACUUUUUCUCCACUUAAUCCUCUUUCUCUCUUCUCUGUGUGACGCAACAUCGUAGUCAAAGUAGCAUUUUAGCGCUCAGAAAUAUAAUCCCUCGUAUCGGUGGUUCCCAACCUGCAGGUAUGAACACUUUUAAGGAGUGACAGAAUGGAACACAUGAUUCAGCUUUACCAAAUUAUAGGACAAUGUAAUCAGAUUUUCCUCUAAACUGUGCUUUGUUAAGGAAAAUAUAGUUUUAUCUUCUUUAGACAUUUAGAAAUGGAACAAUCUAUGAGGCGGAUAUCAAUCUUAGGUGGAAAUUUCACAACUUAUCGACAUAUGUAUUGCAGCCAAAAGGUUGGGAAUCACUGUCUUACUUUACUCCUGUCAUCCCAGGCUGUUAAUAGCAUCUAAAUAACAUGAACAAGACUGCUUUUUCAAUAACUAAAGGCUCCUAUUUUCAUUCCCAGCUAAGCAGCUCCAAAAGAAGGGCACUUAGAUCACCUUAUUUAAAUGUAGAUCUUUUGAACUCAAGUUGAAUAUUGAAAAGUAAUGUUCUUUUUGCUGUCACCAGCCUCCUCCCGACUGUUUAUUGGAGGAAAUAAUGAGUAACUAUUUGAUUGAUUCAGUGUGUCACUGUUAAAUACAUUGUGUCUUAUUUUGCUUCCUUAGUGAAAAAGGGGUGCAAACGUUGGUUGAAAUGUGUGGGUGGCAAAGGUUUACAAUGGUACUACGGUAAUAUGUCAUUGUUUCAUACUUUUCUGAGUAUACUGUAAAAUUACCUGACAGUUUGACUUUGGAUUUAACGUGUUUGAACUUGUUCCUCGUUGCCAUUUUUUGCAAGGCAACACGAAUCUGACUCCUCCAUGGAUGGACUGUUGAGUUUUUACAAGGCAGACACUUUAAGCUUAAUCUCGUCACUGAUAAUGAAUGUAAAAAGGUUAUGCAUCGCAACAAAAAAUACACUUAAAACUGUUUACAGAGAAUUUUUAUAGCAUGAUGCUUGACUGAACUGAACAAACCUCUGGGAAAGUGUCCAAAAACUGCAGCAAGGCAAUACAAUCUGCCAGGUGUGGGCUUUGAGAAGACACUUUAGAAAUGAAGUGCCCAUUGUAAUGUCUGUCUGCGUCGAGUAAUGCUUGUUAAAUAUCGACGGUGUUAAAGGAUGACAUGAAGGUUGCACAGAACCGAAUCUCGCUAGAAUAUUGCUAAACGUGUCAUCACUUGGGCUGAUUUUCUCUAAAUGCAUCUGGGUUGGGAUUUAGUUGUGGAUUUAUUUAUUUUAGAUUUUUAGUGGAGGAUAAACCUCUUAGGAAGCAUCUUCUUGUUUUCAAGUUGCAAAAUAACAAAAAAAAUUUGAGAAAUGUUAUCUUCCAGUUGCUGUUCAUAUUGGUAGCUUCAAAAACAUUCAGGAGGAAAACAGCCACAAGAAGUAUGUGACUAUUGUGAGGCGAAGUCACAUUUUAUUUUGUACUGUACAGCGUCUGUCUCUAAAGGAAAUUCUCUGCCUUUGUGGCCCAAGUGGUUUGAUGCUUUGCUUGCUGCUUUUGCAUCCAAGGAUUAGGUGGAGUUAGCUGGUCCUGGUGACAAUAUGUAGUAGGGAUAGCACACAUGUACUCUCUUGUAAUUAACCGUCAGUACAAAAUGUACUCGAGAAUAGAACAAGUUUAGAAAGAGAACGUCUCCGAUCGCAUUUUGUACAUGUUUGUCUUGCUGUAGUUGUGAUGAGACAAGCGUCUCUGUAGUUCACUGACUAGAGGCCACUUUGCUGCAUCCUCACUGCAAAGCUGACUUAAUUGUCUAAUGCCUGAAGGCAAAACUUUCAACUAAUUUAUAGCUCUGUGGGCAGAAAACUUUACCACAGUUUGCUCUCUUUGUCAAGGACAAAUAUGUGUUAAUUUGUUCCUUCAUAUUGUGAGUGUUGGGAUUGCGAGAAGGUUUGUGUUGCAGUUCGGUUUAGUUCUGAAGGUCAUUUUGCUGUCUGAUCAUCUCUGUUCAAAGCUCUUGUGCAGUGACUCACCGGUCUGUCUCGGAGCGACCUGGUGCCCCGACAGACAUAUCAGCAUAAAAGCCUUUUGGCAGCUGUACAUUUUUUACGCUGAAGGAUGGACAGUCACUGUUUUCAUUUUCGUUAGUUCUAGCUACCGUAUGAUGUUGAUCCAAGUAUAUGGUGCCUAGAUGAAAACAGAUUUUCUGUUAAGCUAGUUUACUACUAAUAUGUGAGUGUGCGUGUGUGUUUUCUUUAAAUUGUGAAUAGUUGUAAAUCAAAUGUUUUCUAACAGUGCUUAGCAGUCUCUUUAUAAAAUAUAGACAGUACAUGUGAGACUUGCAAAAAUAGUAUUUAGCAAUAGUAUUCACACUUUUUUCCUUAUUCUAGUUGAUGCUGGUUGAUAGGAAAUAAACUGUUGUGAAAAAAGACAUUUACCUCUUUAUUGCUGAUCCAUGAGCUGUGCUGGGCAGAGGCCCUUGAUUGUAAAAACACAGCAUUUUAAAUGCCUUCGGCUUAAGGUUUCUCCCAAGUGCAAACUCAGAUUAUCUGGUUUCACCUUAGCCCCCGUUUGUGUCUUGUGCUUUACCAUUCACAGAAAUAAACAUUGUGUUUCCUGAAGAAAAAUACCUGCACAACCUUUGUUGAAGAUAUUCACAAAUUUGUCAGACACUCUUCUCUUCCCUCCAUCUGGGUGAAAACAUACAUCAACUGGAUGAUGUAAAAGAUUUGUAGACCAUUUCCCAAGGUGCAAAUGAAUUCCACAUAAAGAUAACACAUGCUUGAACCAAUAGCCAAAAACUGUUCAAAAGUUUGGGGUCACUUAGAAAUGUCCUUAUUUGUUAAAGAAAAGCAGGUUUUUUUUCAAUGAAGAUAACAUUAAAUUAAUCAUAAAUACAGUCUAGACAUUGUUAUUGUGGUAAACGACUAUUCUAGCUGGAAACGGCUGAUUUAUUUAGCACUAAUUAGACAUUAAUUCAUUUGAUAGCAGUGAGAGUAUAAUUUCACAAUCAGCUCACACCUAUAAACACAAAUGAUUCUGAUAACACCACAGGCACAAACUGGGGCCACUUUUCUCCCAACUCUGAUUUCCAAUUGAAGCCAAUCUUGUCUGAGUUCAGUGUACAAAGAGCAAGUUUGAUUUGUUUUGCCUUGUCAGCAGCUAGUACACAGCUAGUACACAACAUGCCCAAACUCUGCCCUCAUUGCCACUGUAGGCCAAGGCCUGAUAUAAGACUGUUACCUCGCUCGAGUUUUGACUGCAAAGGACUGUUUUACUUCUUCUUCUGAAGAUAGUAUUUACUCUAUAUUUGUACUGAUUUUAUUUUGUAAUGCCGAGAAAUGAAGAAUUAACAAAAGCCCACGUUGGUACAGCUGAACUACUUUGCCAGGAAAAAACAAAAAAACACCAAACCCUGUUGAUUCAGGACAACUCAAGACUGUCUGUCUCCCGCUCAAACAAUGCGUUCUCCUUUUUCCUCCUGCGGCUACUAGACGGCAGGUUGUAUAGCAGUAUCUUUAUGUGACUGUCUGUGGAGUAGUUCAGAUUAAUAUUACUGCAAAAUGUGGUGUACUUUGAGGGUAUCUUUGUGCAAUUCUACCUGCAGCUCUUCAGUGUGUUGUGCGCAUGUGUGAGGGAGUUAUUGUCAGCCGUGUUGUUGUGUUGUUGAAAUCAUUGUCGCUUAUUAUAAAGCCAAAGUUGAGUGUUGAUGGUAUUCGUUGACAUUUUUCUCAAUAUGAAUACACAAACAUUUUUAUGUUAUCAUGAAUCUCGAGUUUGAUUUUGUAUCUUGUAGAGAUUUCUGAUGCAUACUCAGAUGUAAAAUCCAAACAUUGAGAUGUUUUCAUAUUUGUAAAGUCCCUCUCUGGUCGCCGAUUAAGCCCCUAAAAACUUGUCUCCGUGUAUCAAAAUUAGAAAUAUUACCAUGAAAACAAUUUUUUUCCUGUAUUAAAAUGGCUCACAUUUACCUCUCCUCUGGAAUGUGCAAAUCCAUAAAGUCUCCAACACUCUCCAUCCACAACUCCCUCUCGAGCACACCAGCUCGCCUAUACUACCGUUCAAAAGUUUGGGGUCACCUGGAAAUGUCCUUAUUUUUGAACGAAAGGCAGUUUUUGCCAAUGAAGAUAACAGUAAAUCAAUCAGAAAUCCAGUCUAGACAUUGUUAAUGUGGUAAAUGACUAUUCUAGCUGGAAACAACUGAUUUUUAAUGGAAUAUCUCCAUAGGGGUACAGAGGAACAUUUCCAGCAACCAUCACUCCUGUGUUCUAAUGCUACAUUGUGUUAGCUAAUGGUGUUGAAAGGCUCAUUGAUGAUUAGAAAACCCUUGUGCAAUUAUGUUAGCACAUGAAUAAAAAUGUGAGUUUUCAUGGAAAACAUGAAAUUGCCUGGGUGACGCCAAACUUUUGAAUGGUAGUGUAAGACUCUGGUCAAACAACUCUACUUUACACAGUGGCAAGUUGUAAUAGGGUUGCAGUAAUCCAGCCACACAAGUUGAGGCAGAAACUGAUUCCAAAGCUCCAUUUUCACCAGAGAGGGUCUUUAAAUGUGUGUCCGGUUGCAUAUAUCUCGGUGCUUUCUGCAGAAGGUGCAGUUGUAUUUAGGUUUCUUCCAUUUGAGUUUUUUUUUUUCAUUUAUUGUCACUGGGAUUCUGCCAUGUUGGACACAGAUAUCGUUGCUACUUUAUUCAACAAAAAACUUUGGAUUUUGUGUCAAAAUAAAUGUGCUACCAAACACA